AUGGUUGGAAGACAGACGAUCCGCAUGGAUAGUGGAAAUGGUCCACUGACAGUUAUGGAUGAGAGUCCCACAUCAAGCCCCAACUCCAGCCCCAGUCCCGACAUGCUAUCGACCGAAAGCCGGCGGACUGAGGCCCUGUCUCGCUCCAGGGUGGUCCCAGGCAGUAGUCUUGGAGGCAGGGGACGUCCGGCUGCAGCUAACGCAGCCCGGGAAAGGAGUCGGGUGCAAACUCUCAGACACGCGUUCUUGGAGCUACAGAGAACCUUGCCAUCGGUGCCACCGGACACGAAACUGUCCAAACUCGAUGUUUUGAUCUUAGCCACUACGUACAUAGCCCAUUUGACACGAACCUUACAGGAGGAAGGAGUGGAAGAGGGAGAGAUCACAAAACAAACCGAGGCCUUACAGUCACUCAAAGGUGAUGGAUACUUACAUCCUGUAAAGAAAUGGCCAAUGAGAUCACGGCUGUACGUAGGCGCCUCAGGCCAUUUCCUAGGAAACAACCAGAAUGAGAAUCAAGGUGCAUCCUCAUCGUCAUCCUCCAAAACCAAUUAA